GAUGGGAACCGGGAUGGGAGCCGGGAUGGGAACCGGGAUACACACGGGAUGGGAACCGAGAUGGGAACCGGGAUACACACGGGAUGGGAACCGGGAUGGGAGCUGGGAUGGGAACCGAGACACACACGGGAUGGGAACCGGGAUGGGAACCGGGAUACACACGGGAUGGGAACCGGGAUACACACGGGAUGGGAACCGGGAUGGGAGCCGGGAUGGGAACCGAGAUGGGAACCGGGAUACACACGGGAUGGGAACCGGGAUGGGAGCUGCGAUACACAUGGGAUGGGAACCGGGAUGGGAACCGGGAUGGGAGUUGGGAUGGGAGCCGGGAUGGGAAUCGUGAUGGGAGCCGGGAUGGGAGCUGCGAUACACACGGGAUGGGAACCGGGAUGCACACGGGAUGGGAACCGGGAUGGGAACCGGGAUACACACGGGAUGAGAACCGGGAUGCACACGGGAUGGGAACCGGGAUGGGAACCGGGAUACACACGGGAUGGGAGCCGGGAUGCACAUGGGAUGGGAGCCGGGAUAGGGACCGCGAUACACACGGGAUGGAGCCGGCAUGCACACGGGAUGGGAGCUGGGAUGGGAGCCGGGAUGGGAACCGGGAUACACAUGGGAUGGGAACCGGGAUGGGAACCGGGAUGGGAACCGGGAUGGGGACCGCGAUACACACGGGAUGGGAACCGGGAUGCACACGGGAUGGGAGCCGGGAUGGGAGCUGGGAUGGGUGCCGGGAUGGGUGCCGGGAUGGGAACCGGGAUACACACGGGAUGGGAGCCGGGAUGGGAGCUGGGCGGACCCCCCCAGUGCCCCCACGGUCUCUCCAGACCUCCUCAGAAACACCCCGGCCUUCCCGGGGGAGCGGGAGCCCCGCCCGGCUGCUCGGGCAGGGGGGACAGGGCAGUUUUAUUGAUCUCGCUGCUUUCCAGCUCGUGGGUUCUCUUUGGCCCCGCCAGGAACACGGACACGGUUCGCUGUGACGGGGACUGGCUGGCAGCAGGGCUGAGGCGAACGCUGCCUGUGCCGACCCUCUCACCACAACAGGUUCAUCACCUCUGCCCCGGACUAUGGGCAGAAACCCGCGUUUCUUUGUUAUGAAACAAAUCGCUUGCCCAGCAAGUUCAACCCCAAAAGCAACUCUAGAUGCCACUGAGGUGCUGCAAACAGGAAACAUUCAUUUGCAGGAUAUUUUGCAAAUCUACAUCACUAAAACGAGCACAAAUACUACGUGCACAGAGCAAAGACAAAAAGGGGAGUCUCCCCUUCUCUUAAAGCACCCACAUUUAACACCAGUACAGUUCUGUCACCUGCAAAUCACGCCUGACGAGUUAUUUGCCACAUGAACUAGGUUUGGAAGAGGGAUGUGAAAGUGCCAUGUCUGCUUUUACCUGUCCUCCUCCUCUGUGAACCACAGAGAUUCCCUUUUGCUCCAUUAGUCCCCCUCGGUUACCCCCCCCCCAGAGCCUGUCAGCUACGGGCAGUGGGUGCUCCUGGUGUUCUCUGCUGAGCUGCAGCCUGGGACCACUAACAGCUCUCCUUGGGGGGCUGCUUGGGGCCCUGAAGGAUCAGUGCUGAGGCAGUCGCCCUCUUCUGAUGCCGCCACUUCGCCCGACGGUUUUUAAACCAAACCUAGAAAGUGCAAAACAAGAAAAGGGCUUUUGCAUGUUGUGUGUUACUGGGAGGGGGACAGGCAGUGGCCCUCCUGGCCUGUAUGGUGUGAGCUGUAAGAUACUGUAAUAUAAAGGCUUGAUACAAAAUUUAAUCAGUCCCUCAACUGCAGUCUUGCUCAGAUACAUGUGAGGGGCACAAGGGAGUUGGGACAUGACAAAUUCAGAAGUCACGCAGAUCACUUAGGUAAGGAAUACACGCUUGGGUGCAGGGGAUGAACAGAGCUGGGCAUGUUUGUGUGUGACAGGUGAUUCUGGGAGAGAGGGAUCGUGUGAGUCUGUGUGACUGGAUACCAGUACAAAUCAGCCCAGCUGAACUGGUUUAUAUUCUUCCAUUGCUCUCCAAACUUAAACUCUGUUUUGUCAAAUGCACAAGGAUGGAUUUUAAAAUGAGGCCCUGGGUCUGCAGCUCCCCAAAAAGGUGAAUGCGGUUUGCCAGGUGCUCGCGGGUGACGACGUCCGGGUACUGGUUCUGAUGGAAAAGCGUCUCCAGGGCCUGCAGCUGGUCCUCGGUGAAGAUGGUGCGGUGCCGGCGUGUCCGGUGCUGGAUCUGGUGGAAGGUCUGCAGCUCGCUUGACUUCUCCUGGGGACUCUUACAGACCCUGACUGCCGGGUGGAAGAGCCGCAUGGGCCAGGGGAACCGGGCAUCUGCGAGGGGACAGGGACAGCAGCAGUGUUAGAGGUCCUGCAGUGAACGGCCGCUCGUGUGAGAACAGCAGCAGCAGUUGCAGCCUGUCCCUUCCAGCUCUUCCUCCUCUUCCUCCUCCUCCUCCUCCUGCAGGGAGCUGGCUGGCAUGGUCUCCAGCUCACACAGCUGCUUGGGUGUGCAGUCCAAGAUGCUCCGUAGGCACAGUGGCACCAAGACCCGGGGGCUCUUCUCCACGGGGCUGGAGAGGAUGUCCUCGAUGCUGAACGGACGUGGCUUCUUCAGGCCUCUCCUGCUGGCGUCAGCAUCUGCCCCUGGCUCUGAAGACAUCCUGUGCCAGCAGCAGCAGUGGCUAGGGAAACAGGCAGCCCAACUGAGGAGCUUUGCUCUCCGUGCACUGGCUCCGUAGUGGGGUUUUGCUAGGGAAAGGACAGCUUAUGUGGCUUUUAAAAUGGACUGGCAAAGCCAUCCAGAACCGCUGCUUUGUCUUGGCGUUUCAAGUGACUGUCAUUCUUGCAGCUGAGUUUUUAUUUUAUACACACACACUUUUCCUCCUUCUGACCUAGCUGCUUUAUGACUGAAGCCACUCUAAAUAUAUAUAGAGAGAGAUAUAAUCCCUUUGGAAAGAAAACCGUAAACCCCCCUGCAAAUAAAAUAAAUUCUAACUAA